UUGACUUGCAACUUUAGAGGGUGGGUCUCUGAAAGAAUUUCAGAGCUUACACAGAGAUGAGGUGUGUUGCUCUCUGAUGAGAACGAAGCCGACUGGAACGCUGGAAAUCUGCCUCUGACUGCUCCUCACAGGCAAGGGGCAUCUUUUGUGGGCUGAGAUUUCAGAAAAGGGAUGCUGUGAAAGUGAAGGCGAAACUUUUAUAUAUAUAUAUACGUAUAUAUAUACACACGUACAUACAUAUAUAGUACGUGAAUUCCUCCGCAGAAAUCUCUCAUUUAUACUCAAGAAUGUUUCAGACGUUUAAAGAAUGGUUUUGGUUGGAACGGUUCUGGCUUCCUCCAACAAUAAAGUGGUCAGAUCUUGAAGAUCAUGAUGGACUUGUCUUUGUAAAACCCUCUCAUUUGUACAUGACAAUUCCGUAUGCUUUCGUCUUGCUGGUUAUCAGACAUUUCUUUGAAAAGUUUAUCGCCAUGCCUCUAGCAAAAGCAUUUGGCAUUAAAGAGGAAGUUAGAAAGAAGAUUAUACCAAAUACCAUCUUAGAGAAUUUUUUCAAAUGUUCCACAAGGCAACCAUCUCAAGCUGAUAUUUAUGGACUGGCAAAGAAGUGUAACUUGACAGAGCGCCAGGUGGAAAGAUGGUUUAGGAGUCGGCGGAAUCAAGAGAGGCCUUGCAGGAUGAAAAGAUUCCAAGAAGCUUGCUGGCGAUUUACAUUUUACUUAAUAAUGACUGUUGCUGGAAUUGUAUUUCUUUAUGAUAAACCUUGGGUUUAUGACCUGUGGGAAGUGUGGAAUGGCUAUCCCAGGCAGCCCUUGCUGCCUUCUCAGUACUGGUACUACAUUUUGGAGAUGAGUUUUUAUUGGUCUCUGAUAUUUAGCUUUGGCUCUGAUGUCAAGAGGAAGGAUUUUCUAGCUCAUGUCAUCCACCACCUGGCUGCUGUUAGUUUGAUGAGCUUCUCUUGGUGUGCUAAUUAUAUCCGCAGCGGGACCCUCGUGAUGAUCGUGCAUGACGUGGCUGACAUUUGGCUGGAGUCUGCGAAGAUGUUUUCUUAUGCUGGAUGGAAGCAAACUUGUAACGCGCUGUUUUUCAUCUUCUCUGCCAUAUUUUUCAUCAGCCGCCUCGUUGUCUUUCCCUUCUGGAUUUUAUAUUGCACGCUGAUCCUUCCUCUGCACUACCUUGAGCCUUUCUUUUCAUACAUCUUCCUCAACCUCCAGCUCAUGGUCCUGCAAGCCCUUCACCUCUACUGGUGUUACUUCAUCCUGAAGAUGCUCAAAAGAUGUAUAUUCAUGAAGGACACCCACGAUGUGCGGAGUGAUGAUGAGGAUGGGUAUGAAGAAGACGAGGAAGAGGAGGAGGAGGAGGAAGAAGCCACCAAAGGCAAAGAGAGAGACUGUUUGAAGAAUGGCCUCGGGGCCAACAGGCAUCUCAUUCUCAACGGUCAACAUGGCCGUUAGGUUGAAGUCCAUGCAGCUACCGGGUCACAGUGUCCUCUAAGGGCUGCUGGAAGCCAGAGUUGCUUCCCCCUCCACAGCUGUGGCCUACAGGAGCCACAGGGACCCCAGAUUCUGCCCUUUCCUCUUUUCAACCACUACCUUCCUCUCCCCCUGAGAUGUAUUUAACAAAAUGUUGUUAAUUUGUGUUAAAAUGUUAAAUAUAGCAUCCCUAUGGAUUUUACUGCAGUUAGGACUCAGACUGGUCAAAGAUUUCAAGGAUUUCUCCAGAGGCCCAUUUCAGUUCAGUUGUGUUCAUUCAUAUAUGUGAGACUGGUGGUUUUCCAUGCGCUCAUGUCAUGCCAGUAGGACUUUGCAUCUUGCCACCUUGCUCACUCUCAGGAUUACUUGAGAGGUUCUAGGGGAACCCACUUUUUCAGGUGUGUUCAGCCACAGAGAACAGCUCAUUGCCUCCCAAAGUGAUGUAGAGGACGCAAUGCAACAGUGGCAGAAGGACCAAAGGAGGUGACCAGGCUUCCAGGGCUCACUGGCCACUUUCUGAUGUGGGUGGUUUUUUUAAACGUUCCAAGCCUUGGUGUCCAGUGGGAAUAGUAAUAGUUGCCUGGCCUACCUCGUGGAGUUGGAGUAAGGAUCAAAUGAGAUAACAACAGAAGGAAAGCGUAUAACUGCCAACUGCAAUGUGACUGUUACCUGACCCUGUUUUCACUAUGAUGCCAACUCUGGGAGACAGAAACCUGACUACACUUGGCACUGAAUGGGCCUGAACAAAAGGCACAAUCUUAAAAAAUUUAUUUUAAAUGUGUCUGGAGAUACCCAGAAGUGCAAAUAUCCAGAAGGUUGUUUCCAUUAUAUUUGGUAACAGCUACCCAGGGAUGAUUCUCAAAUUCCCCCAAAUUCUCUACCCCCAGGUCCCCUGGCCAGUGGAGGCAGCCUGGGCCCCAAUUCCUUAUUGUCUUUUGCUGGCCUCUCACUCGCUUCCUGAGAAGAAAGCUUUCCUGCCCCUCCCCCUGCCCUGAGCCCCUCCUUCAGGCUGGCAGAGCUGCCCAGACAGCAGUAGGAUCCCUCUGGGGGCCUGUCCCGGAGAGUCAGACCCAGGGCAGGCUGCUCACCUAGCCAUUAUUUCCCGGAAAACCUGAGCCUUUGGGGCAUGACAUGCGUGCGAGCUGUUGACCCAAGUGAAAUCUUAGAAACAGAAAGAGGAUGCCACACUCUUUCAUCUCUGCUAUGCAACCCAAUCAGACUGCUCAACAGUAAGACAGAACAAAACAAAAGGCUGCAAAAUACCCCCUGAGAAAUGUCCAAGGACAAGUGUUAGAGUCAAUGGCAGCUCUUGGGGCUGCAGACCACUCAGGGAAUACAGAUACAAAUACCAAUACAGAUACAGAUACCAAUACAGGCUGGUGGGUCAGUAGCCUGCUGGCGGCCCCCUCAGGGGGCACAUCUGAGCCCAGAGUGCAGGGCAGACCUGAGACUUAGGGUUCAGCUGGCUGAGGAGAGGCUGAGCCUUGCAGAGGAAGAGCUUGAACAGAACACACAAAUACCCCUACACACACACACACACACACACACCAAUCUCUCAUACUUUGGGGGCCACAUUUUGCACUUUUGUCCCAUUUGCUUGGGGCCCCUAUUAUAAAACCAAGCGGGAGUUAGGGCUGUGAGGGCUGGCAAGACAUCCACACAGGCCCCCCUGAUGCGGGCUGCUGCUGCUGAGUGGAAAGGCACGGCCCAGCAAGGGGUCCCCGGUUUUUAUUCUUUAAUAAAAAGAUGUUUUUAAAAUCUUCAGGAUAAACAAAGACAAAACUCAAAACUGUUGCUAAUUCUUUCCCCAUCAAGAUCUCUUCCUGAAGAGUCAUUAGAACAACAGAAAAACCUAUGUCAAGUUUUCUCUGCCUGUUAUUUGCUUUUAUGAGUACGACAUAGGCAUCAUAUGUACAAUGUUUUAUUAUAAAUCUAGAAUGCCUCCACUCCCUUUAGGACAUAGGUGUUAAAUUAUUAUUAAUAUUAUAUUAUAUUAUUAUUAUUGGUGGAAGAAAAAUCCCAUUGAGACACUAUGUUUUAUGUUUCCAGUUAACAGACUGUUUUUUUCCUUGAUUUAUUUUGGUCUUGUCUCUGUACCAAAUUAUCUUCUCACUUAAGGUAAAAACAUGUUUAUUGGCUGCUCUAGCCUCCAGUUCUUUUUUUUUUUUUCUUAUUUAAAUGUGAAAGGUAAACUUGAUAGGCCAACUUCAGCUCUCUCUGAUACAACCGGAAGCACUGAACUACCUCUGGAAAGGUAGAUAUGCAUUGUUGUAACAUCCUCUAUGGCUUUUGUGGUCAUUUUAAAGGUCACCUCUCUUCCUACCAGAACCAAGGGUUCACACUAUGCCAGAUGACUUUAUAAAAACACAGUCCACUGUGCCACCAAUGUUAUCAUAAUGGUGAAGACUUACAAUAAAGCAAAGACAGAAUCCGGAGUAGAUUCAGCACACACAUUGCUUGGCUUCUGAGACAUCAUUAUUGCUCUCACCAACAAGUGGAAAAAAAAAGAUUUGCCUCUAGAAAUGCCCUGCCGGAAAUCAGGGGGAACAGGCAGAAGGGUAGAACCAAGUUAGGACAUUAAGGCUGCUGCCUUUGGCGUAUCAGACUCCAGACAAGAGGAAAUAGGCCUGACGGGGGUGACCCACUUGGCUGUAGACAGUGCGGACAGACCAGUGUGGGCUGGGGUCUAACCUGGGUCAUGGCAUCUGGGGCCUGUGGUGCAAGGCAAUGUUGAAGUGCUAAGAAAGGGGACUGAUCUGAAAGGAACUUUCUUGACCACACUUUCACUGUGACUGUAGAGCAAGUAGACAUUCAACAGAUAAGAGAAUGUUACGAGCAACUUUAUGUCAGUAAAUUUGAAGGCGUGAACAAAAUGUGUAAGUUCCUAGAAAAAUGCAACUUGUUAACAUGGGCACAAAAAGAAGUAGAUAUUUAAAUAGCCAUCUAAAUGAAACAAAAUUCAAUCCAAAAUUUUGAAAUCCACUCCUCUACCCCCUACACACACAAAAUCUUUAGGCCCAGAUGGUUCAUCCAGCGGAUUCUUCCAAUAUUUAAGGAGUAAUUAACACACGUAUUAUACAAACUUCUGUAGAGACCAAAGGAACACAUCCAUACUUGUCUCAUAAGGCCUGCAUAAUCUCAAUACUAAAAUCUGAAAAGAAUAUUAGGAGGCAAAAUCCCAACAACUAUUAGCUAAAUCAUUUGUGAACAUAAGUACAAAAUUCCUCAACACAAACUGAAUUCAACAAUAUGUAAAGAAGAGAAUGCAUGACAGACAAGUUGGGUUUAUUUCAGGAAGUUGUGGUUGAUUUAUUAUCUGAAAAUCAAUGUUACCAUUUUAAAAGAGUAAAGGAAAAAGCCAUAUCUUCAAAAGCUUUAGAUAAAAUUCAGCAACUAUUUAUUUGAAAAAAAAACUUCACAGAAAAGUAAGAAGGAACUUCCUUAACCUGAUUUAAUAGCACCUUCAAAAAGCAUCAAGCCAGCAUCAUAUGAUGCUAUAAUGGCCAAAUACUGAAAGCUUUCCCCAAAGGGAUGAGCACUGAGACAGGGAUGUCCAUUAAUGAUGCCCAUCAUGCUGAAUAUCUUCAACAUUGUAUUUUUCAUCCUGCCUAAUGUAAUAUUUCAAGAAAUAAAAAUUGUGAGGCUUGAAAAAAGUAAAUAAAAACUCAUAUUACAAAUGAAAUGCAAAAAAUCCCA